AUGGAGGCUGACUAUGGGGCCGACGACCGGGACCAGGCCGGGCGCAUCGAGUCGGACCUGGUUGGGCCCCGCCAGCCGCUGCAGAGCCUCGUGGACCGCUACCGCGCCGGCAGCCCCGCACUCGCUGGCCGCCUCGCCGCGCUGGCGCCGAGCUUCCCCGCCUGCCGCCCCGUCACCGGCGACGGCAACUGCUUCUACCGCGGCUUCCUCUUUGCCCUGCUGGAGGCCCUGCUGGAGGCGCCGCUCUUGGAGCUGCAUGCCAGGCUGGUCUCGCGCGUGCGCAGCUUGCGCCGGGCCCUCGUCUCCCACCCCCUGUCCGCCGCCCGCGACGCCGGCCGCGGCGCUGACCAGGGCGCGGAGCUGCUGCUCUCCCUGCUCUCGCGCGUCUGGUACGCCCCCGGCGCGUCUGGCGCCCACCAGGCGCCCCAACAGGGCCGCCACGACCACCAGCCCGCGCAGCCGCCCCAGCAGGCGAGCCCCCUCUUCAAGCCAGAGCUCGAGGCGGCGCUGUCCCGCCGCGCGGCGUUCGACCCAAUCGUCCAGUUCGCGCGCCUCGCCGCCAGCCUGGAGCUGCGGCGCAACGAGGCCGCGUACACGCCGUUUGUCGCCGGCUGCGGGGACGCGUACGCGGGGCUGGGGCUUGCUGAAAUCUGCGAGCGCCACGUGGAGCGGAUGGGGCAGGAGGUGGAGCAGCUGCAGAUGGCGGCGCUGGCGGCGGCGCUGGGCGUGACGGUGGGGGUGAUUGAUGUCGCCGGCAGCGAGACGGGCGUGGUGCGGCACCCGGCCGGCGAGGUGGAGCCGCUCUUCUUCCUCGUGCACCUGCCAGGUCACUAUGAGAUCUGCUACAGGAACCCAAGCCUAUGA